CUUGCUUUUUUUUUAACAAAUUAUAAACUUUUUAUGUUUCAUCGACUCUGUUUAGCUCCAGAGUUAUUGAUUAGACGAUCAGAUGGUAAUAGUAAUAAAUUGUUUUAUAUAAACGAUUAUAAUUUGAAUAUGACAAAAAAAAAAUAUUAUCGUUAUAUCAAACUUUUAAACAACAAUUAUAUUUUUUAA